GUCACAUGCGCUGCUACCCUCCAGGAUCUUUGGGGCCAACCUGUUUCUUCAUCCCCCAUCUACACGAGCUCUAUUUCUCUGGCAAUAAUCAGACCUCUUCAACUUGUGCUCGCAGCGAUUUCGAAGUACAGGGGCAGGAUAUGCGGCCUCAGCUCUCUUUGUCCUCGCGCGCUUCUUCUGACAAUUGGAAUUGACUUCAAGUUCCACUGGCAGAUAGGGAGCUUCCUGCUGAGCUUUCUGCGUCCCCUGUAUACUUCUCUCCGGUUUCUACGAACAUCGCGUCGAGCAUAGCUUAACUGUACUCUUUGACGUCAUGGCGAAGAAGCCGUACAUUCCACCCUUAAUUGGGUGGUUAUACGAUCUUGUGCUGUGGACUUUCUCUGUCCUUGUUGAUCUCUUCUUCCGGGAGGUCCAUCCGCGCGGAUCAUGGAAGAUACCUCGAAGAGGACCGAUGAUCAUUGUGGCAGCCCCUCAUGCCAAUCAGUUCGUCGACUCUCUAAUUCUUAUGCGCGUGCUGCGCACCGAAGCGCAUCGCCGAAUCUCGUUUCUUAUCGCAGAAAAAUCAUUUCGUCGCAAGUUCAUUGGGCUUUUGGCGAGGGGCAUAGGGACAGUGCCCGUGGCUAGAGCUAUGGACAUGCUGAAGCCCGGCCAGGGUACCGUAUAUCUACCAGAUCCUGUCAAUCAACCGACUCUAUUGCGCGGCGUAGGCACAAACUUUGAAGCGCCAGGUUUCGAGAAAGACGGUACUAUCGCGCUGCCAACUAUUAACGGGACUUCACAUAGUACAAGUAUCGCCGAGAUUCGUGGUCCGGAGGAGCUUAUACUCAAGAAACCAUUCACUCAUAAGGAUGCGCUGUUCCAGUUAACGGGCCGUACCGAUAUCACAGAUGAUGGAACUUUCACCGGAGACGUUUCCGACAAAGACCGCGCCGAUUUCAAGGGCUCCAAGUUCAAGGCGGCACCCCAUGUGGACCAGAGCGCGGUAUAUGAAGCAGUAUUUGGGCGGCUCCUUGGAGGUGGCUGUAUCGGCAUUUUCCCGGAGGGAGGCAGCCACGAUCGCCCGGAUCUACUGCCCUUGAAACCUGGUGUUGCUCUUAUGGCUCUCGGUACAUUGGCCGAGAACCCGGACUGCGGCUUGAAAAUUGUACCCUGCGGAAUGAACUAUUUCCACGCUCAUAAAUUCCGCUCGAGGGCGGUAAUCGAAUUUGGUACCCCUCUCGAGGUCCCUAAGGAAUUAGUGGAGAAGUAUAAAAACGGGGACAGAAGGGGUGCUGUUGGUCCGCUAUUGGAGAUGAUAUAUCAAAGUCUUGUCGCAGUGACAGUAACCAGCCCUGAUUACGAGACACUGAUGGUUAUCCAAGCUGCACGUCGUCUGUACAACACCAAGGGAAAGAAGCUUCCGCUCCCAAUGGUUGUGGAACUCAACCGCCGUCUCGUCAAGGGUUACUCACAUUUCAAGGACGAUCCGCGGAUCGUGGAUUUGAAGAAGUCGAUUGCAGACUACAACAAGCAACUGCGACUCCUGGGAAUUCGUGACCAUCAGGUUGAAUAUGCUAAAUUUUCUUUCGUCAAAGUGAUUGCGACCUUGAUAUAUCGCCUUGGCAAAUUAGCACUUCUCACAAUCGGGACCUUACCUGGCCUCCUUCUAUUCACUCCGGUGUUUAUAACAACAAAGUUGAUUUCGAACAAGAAAUCAAAGGAAGCGCUUGCUGCUUCAACGGUCAAGCUUCAAGGCCGCGAUGUGAUGGCAACUUGGAAGCUCCUCGUUGCUCUUGCAUUCGCCCCCGCUCUUUACGCGUUCUAUACCGCAGCCUUUACCUAUUGGGCAUAUCGUAAUCGCAUAAAUGGAUACGUUCCUGAUUUCGUGCCGCUGUGGUCAUUUAUACCGAUUGGCAUGGUCUUGUUUCCGACUAUCACUUUUGCUGCACUGCGUAUUGGUGAGAUCGGCAUGGACAUUAUCAAGUCCCUGCGUCCGCUACUAUUAUCACUCAACCCUUCGUCGGCUAACACCUUGGUUAAACUCCGAUUGCGACGUGCUGCGCUCGCCAAGCAGGUCACCGACACCAUUAACACGCUUGGACCCGAACUGUUCCCAGACUUUGAUGCUGCAAGAAUUGUGACAGAUCCUUUCCGCGAGCUCAACCGGCAAUCUGCGAACCCCGAAGGUGAACAGCGACCACCGAGCGUGGAGAUCAGGAGAGCAAGCACGGAGAACUUCGAUGAGGGUUCGCCUUCUCAAGAGCCACUUCCUCGAAACGAGUCCUUCCAUAAUCUUGCGAACUUCGGCUUUUUCUCGACGCGACCCUCUAGCCGUAACCGCAGCCGCAGCAACAGCCGCAGCAGUUCGUUUGGAGGGUUGCCGGGCACAUCGGGCCAGCAGCUCAAGCCUCUCAGCCAGCUCACAACCAAAGGUGGGUUUGACGAAGUGAGCUCCAAGAUUCGGGAUGCCAUGCGUGAGCGGGGAGUCCAGCGGCGUCGGCGGAGUGAGGAUAAUAGUAGCUGGGACAUGGCUAGCUCCGGACCGGGGACGCCGCACAGUGAAGACAACCGGAAAGAUAUCUAACAGAAUGUUUGUGCUUGAUCGGACCCCUGCAGGGUCACCCUGCCUGUAAUGACAGCGGCGGAGUUGGGCGUUUUAUCCUCUUCCUGUACUUCCUUUUAGUGUUUGUAGUAAGUGAUCCCAUAGCAAAAUGAGACAGUCUUGGGGCAA